AUGUUGUUUAUGGAAUCCUAUUUAUGUUAUUGCUCAGUCCGUCUAGGCGUACUUAUUGUGAGUCUUAUAAAUAUUAUCAAGUGCCUGGCAUUUAGUAUAUAUUUAUUUGUACAUGGCAUUCAGUCUUAUCAUCCUUUAGUUGAGUUAUUCGAACAAGAUGCACAAUAUGCAGAAAAUCGAGUGGUAAGGAGAUACAUUCAUUGGAUAGAAAAUUAUCCGGAUAAAGUAUUGAUCUAUAACCAAGUGCUAUUAUAUUCCAAUAUUGCGGCUGCUCUUUUGGCCAGUUUUGGUUCUUUUAAGUUAUAUAAAUGGCUAUUGCUACCUUUGGCUCUUUUCGAACUCCUGUACUUGAUACAGUUCACCUCUUUUCACAUUGUCCUAAUGAUUGUGCUCAAGAAACUGAUUAAUUUGGGCCUACUUAUAGUGCUUACUUUAGUGGGCAGCUUUUAUAUAUUGUUUGAGGGCUAUAAUUGUGUAACUUGUCUGGCCAUGUUCCAAAUCAUUAGCCUUGUUAAGAGUCAACGCUAUCGUGAACUUUAUGGCAAUGAUCCCUUUCAUCCUCUUGCCUUGAAAAGAGCUCCCAAUAAUUCGUAUAGCAAGGACUCCGUACAGCAAUUGCGUAUCCUGGAGACUCCUGAUGAUACUGACAUUGAUGAGCAGAAACGGUUGGCCAAAUUGGGUCUAUGGCCGCGUCGUCAACCACAGGUUAUCUCGGUUAUACCAGCCCAGGCUCCCAUGCCCCAGUUGAAAUGGUGGCAACAGCAGGCUCUGGAUAAGGACGAUAAGUUACAAGAUUCCAAAAUCUACCGCAAUUGGCAACCGAAUGAGCUCUUGAGUGGUGUGGGGGGUGAAGUGCAGCGUAAAAAUGCCUUGAAUCGUCGAUAUGCCGAAGGUGAACUCUAUCGUUGGUAUUGAAUUAUAGUUCAACAAGUUAAAGUUGCUAAACUUUUAAUAGUUUUUAACCCAUGCAUAAAUUUAA